AUGCGUUCUCCCACCAUCGCCUAUACAGCGGGAAUCCUUGCCACUGCUAGUAACGCCAUCAACCUGGUCAAGCGCAACGAUGCAUUACCGCCUCGGGUCGUUGAACACACCAUCCAACGAAAAGACAUCAGAAAUCCCCUCGAUCACGACCGGAAACGCUGGCAACGACGCAAGCGCGACACCUUGACAGUAGCACUCGACAACGAGGAAACACUCUAUUUUGCCAAUGUAUCGAUCGGGACUCCCGCGCAGAAUCUGCGAUUACAUCUCGAUACGGGAAGCAGUGAUCUGUGGGUGAAUGUGGAUAGUAGCGCUCUUUGUCAAGCAAGAGGCGACCCAUGCUCGAUAUCGGGAACAUACAACGCGAACGACUCCUCAACCUAUACCUACCUCAACAGCGACUUCAACAUUUCUUACGUCGAUGGAUCGGGAUCAGCCGGGGACUAUGUCAGCGAUACCGUCAAGAUCGGAGACACGACUUUAACAGGCCAACAAUUCGGCAUUGGAUAUGAAUCAAGUUCGCAGGAGGGUAUCUUGGGCAUUGGGUAUCCCAUCAACGAAGUCGCAGUGCAGUAUAAUGGCGGCAAGACAUACUCCAAUGUGCCGCAGAGUCUUGUGAAAGCGGGCGCGAUCAAUACCAACGCAUACAGUCUCUGGCUCAACGAUCUGGAUGCUUCGACCGGAUCGAUACUGUUUGGAGGUGUCAACACCGAGAAAUACACGGGUUCGCUGGAGACGAUACCCAUCGUUGAGACACAAGGAGUGUACGCCGAGUUCAUCAUUGCUCUGACUGCUGUUGGCGCGAAUGGCACAGCAGGUUCAAUUGUAAACAAGCAGGCCAUACCCGCGCUACUGGACUCAGGAAGCUCCCUGAUGUAUCUUCCCAACGACAUUACACAAUCCAUCUACGACUCGGUCGGCGCAUCGUACGACUCGGAGCAAGGCGCCGCAUUCGUCGAUUGCGAUCUCGCCAACUCCGACGGCUCCCUCGACCUCACCUUCUCCUCUCCAACAAUCAAAGUCCCGAUGAACGAACUCGUCAUCGUCGCCGGCAUCGACCGAGGCAAAGAAGUCUGUAUUCUCGGAAUCGGCCCCGCGGGCAGCAGUACACCCGUCCUAGGAGAUACCUUCCUCCGAUCGGCAUAUGUUGUAUACGACCUUGCAAAGAAUGAGAUUUCUCUCGCCCAAACCAAUUUCAAUUCCACAGCGAACAAUAUCAUGGAAAUCACCACUUCGACCGUUCCAGACGCGACAUUGGUGACCAAUGCUGUCACGAGUCUUGCGGUUUCCUCUGGCGGAGCUCGCAUCAAUAGUGGUACCACAGUUACACUGGACGGCGCAGCACCUACCGCAGGACCCGGUUGGAGCGUCGCUGCUAUUGGAGCUGCUGCAGGGGCUGCACUGUACGCAUUGUAGUGAUUUUUUUUGGAAGAUGUCAGCUUUUUCGCACGUUGUUGGAAUUGCAUCCUAUGAAGCAUAGCGUGGAGCUGGAACAGUCUCUUUUUGUUGAAAACAUUAUUGUUGUAUAGAUGAGAAAAGAAGGCACGAGAUCAUGACCAAAGAAGAAACCCCCAGCAUGUAGUCGGUCCAUCCAUAGGUGUGGAUUGGAUAAGGACGUUUAAACGCACAGUAUAGCGUUGUAUCAAAUAGAAAUAUAGAUCAAAGGAUGGAAAAAUGAUACCUAC